GGCAGAUAUAUAUCAGUUUUAAAACUUUUUGCAUUGAAAUAUUAGAUCGGAUCGAUACAUACAGUUUUGCUAAAUAGUGAGUUGAGAAUAUAAAAUAACUUGAAUUGAAAAAAUAGAGAAUCAUCGUUAAACAAAAUGGCGGACGGUGGAGAGGACGAUGAAGUUCCUGGGCGAGUCGAGGACAUUUUGUGUAAACGGCGUGUUAAGGAAAUUAUGUGUCAACCAUGUUUAAGUAAGGGUACGAAAACUGUGGCUGACACGUUUUGUUCAACGUGUAAUGAAUUCCAGUGCAUUGAUUGUUCAGAUGUGCAUAACAUGCUUACAGUCUUUACAAGUCAUAAAUUGCUAAACGUAAAGGAAGCUAAUGCAACAAGAUGUGAUAAACACCAAAAGGUUUUAGAUUUAUUCUGUGAAGAUGAGAACAAGCUUUGUUGCAGUACUUGCGCCAUUGUUGAUCAUCGUAAAUGUCACAGUGUCGUUGAGGUUGAGAAAAUUGCCAGGAAAAUGACGUCACCAAGUUCUAGUUUAGAAGAGAUAUUGCAGGAAGCCAAAGAAAAUGCUGAAGAUAUUGCUAGAGAUAUUAUCACUUCAAAAUAUCAACUUGCUAAAGACGUAAAAGAAGUACAAGUAAAGGUUAGGAGAAUGCGGGAUAAAGUAAUGAGGAUGUUUGACGAUUUGGAAGUUUCCAUUGUUAAGAGAGCCAAAUCUCUUCAGAAAGAAACAUUAGGUAAUCUUGAAAUGAAGCAAUCAGAAAGCAAAAAACAGUUGGCUAAUGUUACAGCGUAUCUAGAAACUAUUCAAAGCAUUUACAAAAAUGGAACUCCAAUGCAGAAAUUUAUAGCCAGAACAGAAGAUUUAAAGAAGACGGGAGAUGACAGCAGGGAAACAUUCAUUACAGGAAUUGACUUUCUACCCGAUGGUAAGCUAGUUGCUGUGGAUCAUUACAAUAAGAAGAUCUUAGUUUAUAAUGAGGAACUUGAGAAAGUAGGAUCAUAUCAGUUAUCUUAUACACCACAAUCUGUUGUUACUGUAUCUGAGGAUGAAGUAGCGAUAACAAGUGGAAAGGAAUAUAUAAAAGAUAUUCUACGUGUAAGUAAAGCUAAUGAAAAUAAGUUCAGUUAG